AUGGAGGACACCCGCCGCCGUCAACUGCAUAGCUGCGACCCCUGUCGCAAAGGCAAAAGGCGUUGCGAUGCCCCGAAAAAUCGAAAGGACAGCGGGUUCAGUCUAUGUUCCAACUGUAAGCGAUGGAAGAAGGAAUGCACGUUCGACUGGGUCUCCUCGAAGCGUGUGGACUCUCUCGGAGCUCGCCGUAAAGCAAAGAUUCCCGCUAUGAAUAAGCCUGGGGGGGAUGAUACUCCCGGCGAUGAGAAUUCAUACGAGCUACCUCACGAUUUUCAAUGGCACCCUGUUGACCCUGUUGAUCUCGACGACACACUUACCUCUGGCGACAUCUCAAAUUUCGCUUUUGCCUUCCCAUCGCCUGCUCAAGGGGCGGCUUUUGACGGAUCAGAAGGCUCAAGCUCAAGCCCUGAUAAGUCCGAUCUAUUCCCCUGGGGAUUGGACAUCCCAGUCAACUGGCAAACCAGUGUUGCGAGUCGAGGGCCCCAAAAGGGGUUCACGGGUGUUGAACCUCAGCCGGACUUCUAUGACCCCCCUAGCAAAUAUUCGUCAGCUCCCGGUGUCGACCGACGAUCUAAUCAAGGAAUCCCGCCUAGCUUUUGCAUCUCUUCUGAAAAGGCGGCAAACCAAUUCGCUCGCUCGACAAUGACACGCAAUCUGAUUCGCAUAUAUCACGAUAGCAUGGAAAAUGCGCUAUCGUGCUGGUUGACAGAGCACAACUGCCCCUACAGCGACUCUAUCAGCACCAUUCUCCCUACAGGAGAAAGGAAAGAGUGGGGCCCCAAUUGGUCGAACAGGAUGUGCAUUCGAGUGUGUCAGCUGGAUCGUGUAUCUUCAUCAAUCAGGGGCCGACAUUUGAGUGUAGAAGAAGAUAGGACCGCAGCUCGUGUUCUGCAUCUUGCCAUCAUUGCAUUUGCCUCUCAGUGGACUCAGCAUGCAGCGAAGGGAACAGGGCUUUCUGUACCGGAGCCUAUCUCCCGCGAUGAACGAUCAAUCCGAGAAUACGUUUGGAAUGAGGCAAGACAUGCCCUUGAGCAUUCGACGAGAGUUCCUUCGUUUCGGGUCAUAUUUGCCAACAUUAUAUUUUCUUUGACGCAAAGCCCGCUGGACCAUUCACAGGAUAUAGGCUUGAGCCAGCUCCUAGAGAAUGACGGUGCACCAACAUUCCUAGAAGCUGCUAAUCGCCAGCUUUAUACAUUUCGCCACAAGGGGUCAACCGGGUCAACUUUGGCCGAUGAUCCAGAAUCAUUGAAUGCUUCAGAGCCAACACAGCUUGAUCCUAUAUUAGCUAGCCAAGAGUAUAGAAGUACGCUUGGUCUUCUAUUCUGGCUUGGCAUUAUGUUCGAUACGCUGAGUGCAGCGAUGUACCAGCGUCCUCUUGUCGUAUCGGAUGAGGAUAGUCAAAUAUCUUCAGGCUCGCCUGCGGUGCCUGAGGUCGAGGACGAACUUGAACUGAGCGGUAUUUCGCAAAAUGGCACUCGCAUGAAAAAGGAUGUGUGGGACGACUUUUUCCUUCACCCUUCAGCCGAGCGUGAUGAUCUUGGUCAAAUUCAUGUAAGAUGGCCAUGCUCCUACGAAGAGGCUGCAGCAGUUCUUUCAGAAGCAACUCCGGUCAAGGUCCUACUUUAUCGUCGAGUCACACAGCUUCAGACUCUUGUUUAUAGAGGGGCUAGCUGUGAUAAACUCGAGGAAAUUAUUCAAAAGACUCUUCUAGUCUACCAGCAUUGGAAUUACUCAUAUCAAAGGUUCAUGCUCGACUGUGUCGAGAAUCAUGAGUUCCUACCAUCUCGCAUACAGUCAUGGUAUGUCAUCCUCGACGGCCAUUGGCAUCUUUCGAUUAUGCUAUUGGCAGAUACGAUCGAGGGCAUUGAUAAGGGAAGGCUUGGCUCAGAGAGUGAGCGUGAAGCCCGCAAAGCUACGGAUUUUGUAUCCACAUUGAGAACAGAACAUGCGUUUGCCGUUGGCGGACUUGCCCGUGCUUCACUUCAAGGCCAGAAUCCAUCUAUGUUCGCCAACUUCCACGAUUCGCUAAAUGAGGUGGCGUUUCUGGUUGAGCCUUGGACUGUGGUUUUGAUUCACUCAUUUGCCAAAGCGGCCCAUAUCUCUGUCGAGAGUCUAAAUUUGCCCGGUGAGCAGAGUGUGCUGGCGGAUUCGUUCAAACAAAAUUGCGAGUUUUGUAUAUGUGCUCUUCAAUAUCUUGGAAGGAAGUCCGACAUGGCUUUUAUGGUCGCCAGAAAUUUGUCAAGGUCUUUGAGCUUGAAACUGGCGCAGAUGGCUUGA